AUGGAUGAUACAACACAAAUAAAUGAACAGCCUAUCGAUGCUGUUUUCGGUGAUAGAGUCAGAAGGUUUCAAGAAUUCUUAGAUAAGAUUGAUGUGGAAGGUACUCAAUAUAGAACAGAAAUCAAGGAUAUGUUGAUGAAGGGUAGAUAUAGAUUAUGCGUUUCAUUAGACGAAAUUCGUGAAUUUGACAAAGAAUUCUGGAGAGGAUUGUUAAAUACUCCAGCGGAUUAUUUGCCAGCGUGUGAAAGGGCAUUGAGAGAUACGGUAUUGACGAUAUACGAUCCUACAGAUUCGAGGUACGAAGCGAUGGAUGAAAACCAACAAUUUUACUUAUCGUUCAAGGGAUCAUUCGGGGACCACCAAGUAUCGCCUAGAUCUAUUAACUCGCAUCAUCUCUCGCAAAUGGUUUCGAUUGAGGGUAUUGUGACUAGAGCUUCAUUAGUGCGUCCUAAGAUUAUAAGGUCGGUCCAUUACGCCGAAAAGACUAGCAGAUUUUAUGCUAGAGAAUAUAGGGACCAGACCACAUCAUUUGAUCCAAUUUCCACUGCUGCAAUCUAUCCAACAGAAGAUCUUGACGGUAAUAAAUUGACAACAGAAUAUGGAUACUCCACUUACAGAGACCAUCAGAAAAUAUCGGUUCAAGAAAUGCCAGAAACAGCACCAGCAGGUCAAUUACCGAGAUCUGUUGACGUUAUAUUGGACGACGAUUUGGUUGACUUGACCAAGCCUGGUGACCGUAUCCAAAUUGUGGGUGUAUACCGUGCGUUGGGGGGUGCUGGUAAUACCAGUGCAUCAUUCAGAACUGUAAUCUUGGCCAAUUCUGUUUACCCAUUACAUGCGAGAUCGACGGGUGUUGCUUCUCAAGAAAAAUUGACCGAUCAAGACAUUAGAAAUAUUAACAAAUUGUCAAAAGACAAGAAGAUAUUUGAAACUUUAUCUAAUUCUUUAGCACCUUCUAUCUAUGGGUUUGAUUACAUCAAGAAAGCCGUUUUAUUGAUGCUUCUUGGUGGGGUAGAAAAGAAUUUAGAUAACGGUACCCAUUUAAGAGGUGAUAUCAAUAUUUUAAUGGUUGGUGACCCUUCUACUGCUAAAUCCCAAAUUUUAAGAUUUGUUUUGAACACUGCUUCAUUAGCCAUUGCUACUACUGGUAGAGGUUCUUCUGGUGUGGGUUUGACAGCGGCUGUUACUACUGAUAAAGAAACAGGAGAAAGAAGAUUAGAGGCAGGUGCAAUGGUUUUAGCUGAUAGAGGUAUCGUGUGUAUUGAUGAAUUUGACAAAAUGUCUGAUGUUGAUCGUGUUGCUAUCCAUGAAGUUAUGGAACAACAAACAGUCACUAUUGCCAAAGCAGGUAUACAUACUUCAUUGAAUGCCCGUUGUUCGGUUAUUGCAGCAGCAAAUCCAGUAUUUGGUCAAUACGACGUGCAUAAAGAUCCUCAUAAAAAUAUUGCUUUACCAGACUCUUUAUUAUCACGUUUUGAUUUACUAUUUGUUGUUACAGAUGAUGUUCAAGCUACGAAAGAUAGAGUUAUUUCAGAGCAUGUUUUGAGAAUGCAUAGAUUUAUUCCUCCAGGUUUGUUAGAAGGAGAACCUAUAAGGGAAAGAAGUAACUUAUCGUUAGCAGUUGGUGAUGAUUCCACCAACGAGCAAGAAGAGUUGGAACAACCAAUAUUUGAAAAAUUCAAUUCGUUAUUACAUUCGGGUGUACGUUCUACGAAAUCCAACAAAGCACCAACAAUUUUGUCCAUUCCAUUUAUGAAAAAAUAUGUACAGUAUGCCAAACAAAGAAUAAAGCCUGUUUUGAGUAGCAAGGCUUCAGAAUAUAUUGUGAAUACUUACUCUGCAUUAAGAAAUGAUUUAAUUGAUAACAACCAAAGACACACAGCUCCAAUUACUGCCAGAACAUUAGAAACGUUGAUUCGUUUAGCUUCUGCGCACGCCAAAGUCAGAUUAUCCAAGACUGUCGAAGUGAAGGAUGCCAAGGUUGCAGAGGAGUUAUUAAGAUUCGCAUUAUUCAAAGAAGUCACAAGAAAAUCCAAAUCUAAGAAACAAAAGACCCACCAUGAAUCUGACGCCGAAAGUGAAGAGGAAGAAGAAGAAGAAGAAGAAGACGAAUCAGAUAACGAGGAAUUGCCUCCAAGAAAUACAAGAACUAGGUCCAGAUUCAGAGGACAAGCACAAACUGCACACGAUUCCCCGCCAGCUGACCCAGCAUCUUCUCCUAAUGAAGCAGAGAUGGAGGAACAUCUUGAUAACUUACACAUAACACAACCAGAACAAGAAGCUCAAGGCACUCAGCAUACUCAGGAUAUGAAACCAUUGGCUGAGACUAACGAGUCGAACAAGUCAGCUUCAGGAAUAAGUGGUGAAAGAUACUCGACUUUCGUAAGAUUAAUGGCCAGAUCUAUGCAAUCUUCAAUUUUCGAAAACGAAUCCGGAGCAGCACCAACCGAGCAAGUUAUUGAGUACAUUAACCAGGAUUUGGAACAAGAAGAUAUCUUUGCUGAAGAUGAAAUUAGUGCUGCCUUUGACAGAAUGGAGGCCGAGAACAAGAUUAUGGUUGGAGAAGGUAAAGUUUGGAAAAUUUAG